AUGCCCGGCGGCCGGGAGGACGCGGUCUGCCAGAGGGCCCUGCGGCUGCUGCUGGAGCUCUGCGCCGACGGCACCCUGGAGGUGGACAGCUGCCGGCCCUUCAGCGCCUACCUGCGCGAGGCCAGCGGCAGGCCCCGCCCCCCCGCAAUCACAGUGAGCUUACUUUCCUUAGUUGUCACAGCAUGUGGACUUGCUUUGUUUGGGGUGUCCCUGUUUGUCUCAUGGAAACUUUGUUGGGUUCCUUGGCGGGAACGUGGCCUGCCUGAAAACAAAGACAAACAGGAGUCCCUGAACUAUACAGACACAGACACAAAUGACAUCGAAUACAGUGAGGAUUACCAGGGGCAACCUGCCACGUACCCUGACUCUUCCAUGAAGAUUAGCCACACCUCACCUGAUAUUCCAUUGGAUGCCAAGAAAGGAACCAAGGAAAACUGUGUACACAAUGUUCGGAUGCAUCGACAAAUCACAGAACCAACUCCUUCUGCUCGGCACAAUUCAAUCCGAAGGCAGCUCAAUCUCUCAAACCCAGACUUUAACAUCCAGCAGAUCCAAAAGCAGGAGCAGCUGACAGGGAUUGGGAAGAUCAAGCCAGAAUUGUAUAAACAAAGAUCAGUGGACACAGAUGAUGGGCGGAGAAAUAACAGCAAGUCUUGUGGGAAGCUCAACUUUAUUGUAAAAUAUGAUUGUGAUUUGGAACAACUAAUAGUGAAGAUUCACAAAGCUGUGAACCUACCAGCGAAAGACUUUUCUGGAACUUCAGACCCUUAUGUUAAGAUCUACUUACUUCCAGAUAGGAAAACAAAACACCAGACUAAAGUACAUAGAAAGACCCUGAACCCAGUGUUUGAUGAAGUUUUUUUAUUUCCUGUUCCUUACAAUGACUUGAGUACAAGAAAACUACAUUUCUCUGUAUAUGACUUUGACCGAUUCUCCAGGCAUGACCUGAUUGGCCAAGUGGUAGUAGAUAAUUUUUUAGAGUUGUCGGACUUCCCCAGGGAGUGUCAUAUUUGGAAGGAUAUUGAAUAUGUCACCAAUGACAAAGUAGAUCUUGGCGAGUUGAUGUUUUCACUUUGCUAUCUUCCAACUGCUGGUAGACUAACCAUUACUAUAAUAAAAGCAAGAAAUUUAAAGGCAAUGGACAUAACAGGAGCAUCAGAUCCCUAUGUAAAGGUUUCACUAAUGUGUGAAGGGAGGCGCUUGAAGAAAAGAAAGACUUCCACCAAGAGGAAUACCCUCAAUCCUGUUUACAAUGAAGCCAUAGUCUUUGAUGUCCCUCCAGAAAGCAUUGAUCAAAUUAGCCUGUCUAUAGCUGUUAUGGAUUAUGAUCGUGUAGGUCACAAUGAGGUCAUUGGAGUCUGUCAAGUAGGCAACGAUGCAGAAAGCCUUGGGCGAGACCACUGGAACGAAAUGCUCUCGUACCCUCGGAAACCCAUUGCACAUUGGCAUCCACUGGCAGAGGGCCCUAUUCAGCAGAAAUGUUAUGCGGGCCUUCUGCGCAUGGAUGGCUGCCGAAGAGGCUUCCUCACUCUUUUAACCUAUUCAGCAGAAAUUUGGCAUUCCUGUUGA